CUUGAUAUAAUCUAGAUUUUGUUCGUUGAAUAUUCCGGUAAUCAUGAUUUGAUUAUUGUCAAUGUCGAAAUGGCGUCCACAGCGAUAAAAAUUGGUUCUCAUUUAAAAGAACUUAGGUUUCAUUUAUGCCUUAAGUCUGCCUCAAGCAAAGGAAUUAGAGAGUAUUUAGAAAGCAAUUACGUUGGUCUAAAGAAACAGAACCCUAAAUUUCCUUUCCUUGUUAGAGAAGCGCUGAAUGUUCAACCUAAAGUCUAUGCUCGUUAUGAGUUAGGUAAAGAAUCCAGUCUUCCUUUGACCAACAUGACCAAGGAGCAAGUUUCUAGAGCUGUAGAAAGUCUGAUAGCCAGCUCUAAAUCUCAGCACUGAUAGUUAGACUUGUACAAAAAAAAGUGAUAAUUGAUUUACGUAGAACACAAUAAGAUGAAAGUAAAUGAACAUUUUGAUUGUGGAAGAGUAUGAUUUUGUCCAAUACUGUGAAUAGUUUUUUUUCAAAUAAUAAAUUAAUAAUUGAUU